AUAUUAGUUAUUAAUGUUACUUAUGCGUGUUCGUUGUUUUGUUAAUAAUAUUUAAUCAAAUAAUUAAUAAUUAUAUUUGUGCUUUAGGAAAUAAAAAUAAAAACAAUAACAAUGAACACGAAUUUUUGAAUUUCUUACUUAAUUUUUAGUUUUUGGAGAUAUAGUGUUGUUCUACGUUAAUUUUAACAAACUCCAACAAUGUAUAAUACGAAUAACUGUGUACCAAAUCAAAACCAUGGCCGUCAGCAGCCUACUCGUCGAGCACGGUAUAAAUUCAAAAAAAAUAAACAAAAUGGUUCUAUAUUUUGGGUAGUUAUACUUGGUAUAGUAUUAUACUUAUAUACAACUGAAAUGAAAGCAUCUUCGAAAAAAGGAAAAACUGUUACAACAAUGAUAGAUACAAAAUGGAGUUUAACACCACUCGUUUUAGAAAUGGCAGAGUACAUGGCUGAAGAUAGUCAACAUUCUUUGUGGUCAUUUGUUGAUAAUAUAUCAGAUCUUCAUCCAGUUUUAAAAGAACUUGAAAAUGAUGAAAUUAAAUAUCAGUCUGCUUUGUCUAAUGCUGAAUUACUAUUAUCAAAAUCAAAGUUAAGACUACUUAAAUUUUCUUUGUCAAUGCAUAUUUAUUCACCUCGUAUUGAAAUGUAUGCACAAAUGGCUGCAGAUCGAGGUAUAGAAUGUUCUACCGCUGUAGAUAUUAAUGGUCAACUUGUAUGCUCAUUAGAACAAUUAAAAACAAUUGUAAACCAAAUAGAAGCUGAGGGUUCGACAUCAAAUUCUGAAAUAUAUCACAUUGAUCAUCAUUAUCCUUCCUCUGGAAACAAGAACAAUGUGGCAAUUUUGUAUGGUGAAUUAGGUACUUCAGAAUUUUCUCUCUUUCAUAAAGUUUUAAAGGUAUAUGCCCAAAACGGUGUUAUUGAUUAUAUUUUUCGCCAUUUUGUUAAGGACAAAAGUGAACAAAAAGUGCGGUUAUCUGGUUAUGGUGUAGAACUACAUAUGAAAUCAACUGAGUACAAAGCUGAAGAUGAUAGUGUUGUUAAAGAUAAAAAUGGUAUAAAUAUUAACGAAUUGGAAGAAGAUACUUCUGAAAUUGAAGGUUUUGAUAUCAAGCGUCUUAUUGAGCUGUAUCCAGAUAAGAAACAAGAUUUAUUGAAAUUUAGGACACAUUUGUCAGAAAUGAGUGGCGAAUUAGCACCUCUUAAAGCUUGGCAAUUUCAAGAAUUAAGUUUGCAAGCGGCACAAAGAAUAAUGAGUGGACCAUCCCAAGAUGCUAUUCAGACUUUUAUUCAUAUUGCUCAAAAUUUUCCAACUCAAGCUAGAUCAUUAGCAAAUGUUAAAGUUAGCAAAGAAUUGAGAGAUGAGAUUACCAAAAAUCAAGAUAGUUUCUCAAUGGGUUUAAAUUUGCAACCCAGUGACACUGUGAUGUUAUUGAAUGGCAUGUACUUUGAUGUUGAUGUAACAGACAUGUCAACUAUUUUGGAAUCUAUUACUCAAGAAUUACGAAUAAUGGAAGGACUAUAUUCUAUAGGUAUAAAAGACAAAAAUGCAGUAUCUUCCAUGUUAGCUCUUGACGUAGGUAGUGUUAAAGGAAAAUCAUAUGCAGUAGAUAUUAGAGAUUCUGCUAUUCAGUGGGUCAACGACUUGGAAUCUGAUGCUGCAUAUAAAAGAUGGCCAUCCUCAUUGGAUGAUCUUCUCAGGCCUACAUUUCCAGGCAUGUUGCGAAGUAUUCGACGUAACUUGUAUAAUCUUGUAAUAGUUUGUGACCCGGCUUCAAAAAGUUCUUGGCCACUUUUAAAACUAUCCGAUUCAUUUUUGGGACAUCUCAGCCCUCUGAGAAUAGGCAUUGUAUUCAGUGUUUCUUCGAAACCUGCAAUUGGUUUAACAAGCGCUAGUGUAGCUUUAUUAAAUGCUUACAACUAUAUUGUUGAACAAACCUCAAAACCAUCAGUUGCAUUUAGUUUCAUAACAAAUGUUUACUCGUCAAUUAGUGAGGACAGAGAUGUUAUUGUGUCAGAUGUUUUAACCGAAUUUAAAAAAGUAUAUCCCAAAGCUGUUGUUGAUGAUGUUUUUGGAGAAGGAACUGAUUAUGAUACAGCUCGUAUGCUCUCAAAAGAAUAUAUUGCAAGGAUAGGAUUUAGAAAAUUGCCUCAAGUAUUAUUAAAUGGUGUUCCACUUCAGGAGAAAUCUCUAGUUGAAGAAGACUUUGAAGAAGCAGUUUUGGUUGAGUUAGUGGCUCAAACUCAGAUUUUACAGAAAGCCGUUUAUAAAAGAGAAUUAACUGAUGCAGAUAGUGUCACUGAUUGGUUAAUGUCUCAACCUAAUGUGAUGCCCAGGUUGAACUCCCGUGUUCUAAACCCAGAUUCUAGUAAAACUUUGCAAUUAGCGGGCACUCAUGGUUUAAUAUCUAAUUUGAUUUCCUAUAUAAGUUUUACUAAAAACUCUGUUACUAAUUCAAUUACCCACUGGAUUGUUGGAGACUUUUCUAGCAUUUCUACUUUUAAAUUGAUCACAACAGUCUAUGAACACUUAAAAUCUGGUUCGGAAUCUCGUAUUGGUAUUAUUCCCAAUCCAUCAAGUGAUGAUGAACAUAUUAUAAAAAUUAAUAAAAUUAUUUUUGAGUCAUUUAAGAAUAAGGAUAAAUUGCACAUUUUAAUUAAACACUUGACAAAUGCCAUUGUAUCCAAUAAAGACCAUGUAGAGGUUCUUAACUCAUUACCAGAUGAAUUGCAAUUUGAUAUAUCAAAUUCAGAUUUAGCUAUUUAUAAUAGUUAUGCUGUUAAUGCAUUAAAGUUUGAAAGAGGACAGAGUGGUGUUAUUACGAAUGGACGUAUUCUUGGACCUUUUGAUAACGAUGAAGAAUUUCUCACUGACGAUUUUUCUUUACUAGAACAACACACUCUUAAGAGCAGCAUUAACAGAAUUUUGGAUAUACUUAAAGAAUCUGAUGUUGCUGAUGUGACAAGUGAUAUGUUAAUGAAAGCUAGUGCUUUAAUUAGCAGUCGCCCACAAACGAAAAAUAGACAUAAAAUACCUGAAGUGUCAUCUAAACAUAGUGUGAUUAAAAUGCCUGCUAAAAACGAAAAUGAACCUGUGUUUGAAAUUAAUGUUAUUGUUGAUCCUGUAUCUAGAGGGGCACAAAAGAUUGGUUCUAUUAUUUCUGUUUUGUCUGAAGUACUCAAUACGAAUAUAAAUAUAUAUUUAAAUUGUGUUGAUAAAAAUAGUGAUAUGCCUUUAAAAAGCUUUUACCGUUUUGUGCUCGAGCCUGAUGUUGUUUUUGACAAAUCAGGCCACUUGGCUCCUAACCCAAUAGCAAAAUUCACUAACAUGCCCACUAGUCCUUUAUUAACUCAAAUUCUUCAUGUUCCUGAUAAUUGGUUAGUAGAAUCUGUUGCAUCGCCUUAUGAUCUUGAUAACAUCCGCCUUGAAGAUGUCGAAAUGGGAGUUUAUAGCCGUUAUGAAUUAGAAUAUCUUCUUCUUGAGGGCCAUUGUUAUGAUGCGGUUAAUAUGAAUCCUCCCCGAGGACUUCAAAUGACUUUAGGUACUAAGACCAAUCCUGUUAUGGUUGAUACAAUAGUGAUGGCCAAUUUGGGAUAUUUUCAAAUGAAAGCAAAUCCUGGAGCUUGGACAUUAAGACUCCGUCAAGGAUUGUCGGCCGAUAUUUAUGACAUUGUUUCUCAUGAAGGGUCUGAACAGACACCCAACAGUACAGAUAUUAAAGUGUUGAUAAGUUCAUUCCGUUCUCAUAUAUUAAAAGUAAAAGUUGCAAAAAAAGCUGGCAAACAGAGUUUGAGUGUAUUGGAUGAUGACAAUGAUGAAAACAAAGGUCUAUGGAAUUCUAUAACCAGUUCUUUUAGUUCAGGUUCUGCUGAUAAAUCAGCUGAUGAAAUAAUUAACAUAUUCUCCGUUGCAUCAGGCCAUCUAUACGAACGUUUUCUUAGGAUAAUGAUGUUGAGUGUAUUAAAGCACACUAAAUCACCAGUUAAAUUUUGGUUCCUAAAAAACUAUUUGUCCCCCACUUUCAAAGACUUCCUUCCCGUGAUGGCAAGUGAAUACAAAUUCCAAUACGAGUUGGUUGAGUACAAGUGGCCCCGCUGGCUACACCAACAAACUGAAAAACAAAGAACUAUUUGGGGUUAUAAAAUAUUAUUUUUGGAUGUUCUUUUCCCACUGGAUGUGAAAAAAAUUAUAUUUGUCGAUGCUGACCAAGUGGUUAGAGCAGAUAUGAAAGAACUAGUCAAUUUAGAUUUAGGAGGUGCUCCAUAUGCGUAUACACCAUUUUGUGAGAGUCGAAAAGAAAUGGACGGAUUUAGAUUUUGGAAACAAGGGUACUGGAAAACACAUCUACAAGGCCGUCGUUACCACAUAAGUGCUUUGUACGUUGUAGAUUUGAAACGCUUCAGAAAAGUUGCUGCAGGAGAUCGACUGAGAGGCCAAUAUCAAGCUCUUAGUCAAGAUCCAAAUAGUUUAUCAAAUUUGGAUCAGGAUUUGCCAAACAAUAUGAUUCAUCAAGUAUCUAUUAAGAGUUUACCACAAGAAUGGUUGUGGUGUGAAACGUGGUGUGAUGAGGCAUCAAAAAAAUCAGCUAAAACCAUUGAUCUUUGUAAUAACCCAUUGACCAAAGAAGCCAAACUGACAGCAGCCAUGAGAAUUGUUAGCGAGUGGAAAGAUUAUGAUAAUGAAAUCAAGAGAUUACAAAUAAAACAAAGUGAACAUGAAGAUGAGAUUAUUAAAGAAGAAGUUCAGUCAAUUGAACUCGAAAAGCAUACAGAGCUGUAAUACAUAUUGUAAUAAUAAAAUUUGAAAAUUGUGAAGUGCAAACGAUCUCUUUGUCAGUUGCGUAUGGUAACAUACCUAAAUUAUUUCCAACAUCAUUUAUAUUAUACUUUAUUUUUGUCACCAGUGUUUUUUUACCACAUAGUUUUUGUUAAAAGUAUAUGGUAUAAUAUAAAUAAAUGCUAAAAUAAGUGAA